UAUGGCGGCGAGGUUUUGAGCUUCACAGUUGAUCCGUCUUUUGGAAGUUUAAAAUGACUAUUCCAGGUCAAUAAGCAGAAUAUUUACUUCAUGCAUAAUUAUUGCUGUAUUGCCUGCAGUAUUUUCGGCGUGAAGCUGUAAAAUGAGCGGCUGGGCCGGCUUUUCUGACGAGGAGUUACGGAAGAUGCAGCCGAAAGACGCGAUGGCCGCUGCGGCUGCCCGGGGACGAAAGCCGGCUCCAGCCAACCGGAGUCGACAGCAGAUACAGCGGGAGAAGGCUCUUCAGAUGGCCGCUCAAAAAAACGGGUCUCCUUGUCUCCCACCGGAGCAACAACUCACCAAACCGCCGCCGAGGGAAGAGCCUGAACCUCAGCCACAGCCCCUGGCAGCAGCUCCGGCUGUCAGACAGGAGGUGCAGCCUAAACCAAGCGAGAUAAAGCCGGCUCCAGAAGAGGAGAUCCCGGCCGUCAAAGAGCUGGAGAAACAAGAGGUGGCACUACGGGAACAAACACGUCUGGAGCAUCUGCAGCAAGAGCAAAAGCUAAUCGAAGAGAGGAAUAAGCGCAAGAAAGCUCUGCUGACAAAAACUAUCGCUGAGAAGUCCAAACAGACUCAGGCAGAGGCUGUGAAGCUGAAGAGGAUCCAGAAGGAGCUCCAGACCCUCGAUGACAUGGUUUCCAAUGAUAUCGGCAUCCUAAGAAGCCGGAUAGAACAGGCCAGCUGGGAGUUCUCCGGUGCCAGAAAGCGCUAUGAGAAGGCGGAGGUGGAGUACGUGCAGAGCAAGCUGGACCUGCACAAGAAGACGGAGGUGAAGGAGCAGCUGACGGAGCACCUCUGCGCCAUCAUCCAGCAGAACGAGCUGCGCAAGGCCCACAAGCUGGAGGAGCUGAUGCAGCAGCUGCACCUUCAGACCACCGAGGAAGAGCUGGAGAAGCAGAGAGAGGAGGAGAGAGGAGGCUGUGUGGAGACGCAGAAAAAAACAAAACAAGAAAACGGCUCGCUGGAGAAACAGGAGGGAACAGUGCGAUCGAGUGAGGACUGUAAACCCACAGAGGAGGAGGAGGAGAACGGAGGUGACGUCCAGCAGGAGCACCACCCGAUGACUGAACCACCAAAGACCGAACAAGACUGGAAAAAACUGGAAAACGGUUUUCAGAGUGAACUUGUGGCCUCCUGAUGCCAAAGAGACAGACAAUAGUGGGACUAUUGCACAAACUGCACUGUAGGCAUUCAUUUAAAAACACUACCACCUUUUCCACUGUAUGCUAGAUGUGGAACGCAAUGAUGUAUCAUCCAGACCAACAGUUCUCCCAAAAAUGACACUUUUACGCUACUAAAUAUUAGUGCGAAAUACGUUUUGGUUCCUCAUAGGGAGGCGCUCGGGGGGAAUGGAACAGGGCUUCUGUCCUGCAUCCGUUGUCUUUAUGGCUUGGGUUUUGGUUAUUACAUUUUGAAAAAUUAAGCACAUCCUUUUUCAGUUAUUCACCAAGAUGACAUUUUUAUAGCAGCUUCACAUUUUGUCAUAUUUAUCCCAUAUGGGCUAAAACAGUGAAUCAGCAAUCACACAUACUGUAAUGUGGGCAGUCUUGCACGUCCAUCAAAAGGCUUUUGUUGUUGCAGAUUAGCAGCGUUUUACUACAUCAAACAGCUGCUCAGAUUAAUAAUCAUGUGUACUGAUGUUUUGAUCAUAUAGUUACUGUUUUUAGUCGGCGUCUAAUGGAUUAGUAAAAUAUUUGCCAAUUAUUUUAAUAAUUGUAAAAAUGGCAGAAACAACUAUUGCGUACCAAUUAUUGAGAUGUCCUGCUUUUCUUUUAUUUAUAUCAUAUUUAUGUGAAUAGUUUUGGAUUGACGGAACAAGACAUUUAAAGACCUUUGAGGAACUGGGAUAGAUAUUCUUCAUCAUUUUCUGACAUUUUAUUUACCAAACUAAUAAUCAGAAGUUGUUUACGCCUAUUUCUUUCAUGGCUUGUAUUUAGGCAACACUUGUGAACUUGGAAGUCUUUUGUGGGGUAAAUGAUAGAACAUUUCAAAGGGCCCUCAGUGUGUGUACCUGCAGGGCCAGACAGAAUCAUAUUCAGCUGCUGAGUCAUUUGGAGUAUCUUGCAACCAUUAUCCUCAGUCGGUUUGCUUUUUACGUCUUCCAAAAGAAAGAAAUCUCUUCUUCCAAACAUGUGGUUUUACAUCUCUGUGAGCACAGGUUGUACUCCGAAGUUCUUGGUCGUUGUGGGCGACAGUGAAAGAUGGGUCCCGUUUACUUCCUGGAGAGUCUCAGUUUCACGCCGAUGGGAAGGAGGUAUGAAUCCAUUUGUAUUCCUUCUGUCUCAUGUGUUGUAGAUGAACAUGUUAGGCCGGCGCGGGCUCGUGUUUCACAAAGCUAAUUCUGGUCUUGUCAGUGCAGUGGAGGAGCAGCGGGCCUCCUGAAGGGUAAGAUGAUAUCUGCUAAUGUAUGUACAGAUGCUUUCAGCUGCAUGGGAUUCUGCAGUUUACUUUCUCUGGCUGCACAAUGUGUCGAACAUAAUAUAUAUGAUAACAAUCUGAUGUUAAACUUCAAAUAUGUGGGCCUGAGCGCCUGAUUGUAAGCAUUUAAAGUGAUGGGGUAAAUAUUUUAAAAAGGUGAUAUUUUACUAAAAUAAAUUCUUUAAAACAAA